CAGCGAGCGCGACGAUCGAGAACACGCCGCACCCGGACGACGCGGGACAUUGCGAGGGGCGACAGCUGCACUGAUCAAUUGACUGUUGAGCCGUGGACGCGACUGAUAACUGCGCGGGCGCGACGACGCGCAGGGAGGGAGAAAGCGCAAGCGGCGCUGCGAGACGAGCCGCGAAGGGCCUCCCUCAUCGAAGCGACAAAGGUCGAGACGAGAAUCGCGAGACGGCCGAAGUACUGUUUAGUAUCGGAGAGGACGAAGAAGAAGGCAACCAGGAGCGGCAGCAAAAAUGACGUCGACGCCGCAGGAGGUGCAGCUGCACACGAUCGAGCGGACGCCCGAGUACGAAGACUUCAUGACGCGGCUCCGCGAGUACCAUGCGAAGCGCGGUACGACGCUGGACCCGGAGCCCAAGGUGGGCAUGAUUCACCUGGACCUGUACAAGGUAUUCAACCACAUCGUGGCCAACGGCGGCUACGACAAGGUCUCGGAGGAGAAGCUGGCGUGGCGGCGGAUGGCGUCGGAGCUGGGCCUCUUCUCCAACAACGAGGCCUCGACGGCGUUUUCGCUCAAGGAAAAAUUCUACAAGAACCUGGCGGCGUUUGAGAUUAGCACCGUCCACGGCAAGGAGCCGCCGCCCAAGGACAUACUCGAGGACGUGACGGCCAAGGGCGCCAACCUGCUGACGCGGACGCGCGACAACUUCCGCGGCAAGCGCGACAGCAACGUCAACGCGACCGACUCGGCGGCAUCGGGCGACGACGGGACUCCCACGCGCGAGCGGUCGGCCGCCGACAUCCCCGUGUCGAGCGCGCGGGCGUCGAGGGGCCUGCGGGAAGCGCCGCCGCAGAGGGUCAUCUUUCAACCCGACACCGGCCCGACUCGGACGACCCGGCAGGCCUCGAACCAGCAGCACCCGCCGCACGCUUCUCCCGCAAACAACCACUCCCAAACACCACAACACCACCCGGGAAUGCAGCAGCCGAUGCCUCACGGCGGCGGGCCCGGCCGCGGCCCGUCCAUCAUGCACCACCCUCCCAACGCCGACAACACGUCGCAGAUGGUCCUGUCGUACCAUCCCAAGCACGUCAAGCCCCUCCAGCUCCGCGCCGUCGCGACCCCGAGCAGCGCCCCGAGCGAGUUUCCCCGCCAGCGCCUGCCGCACCGCCCGGCGCCAGUCGACGCCGCAAACAGGCAGCCGAUGCUGCCAGGCACUGGCUUCGACGGCCCCAACAUCUACACGCGCUGCCUCAACGCGCUGCGGUCCGGAAUCCCCGCCGAACAGGCGUUUGGUCUGAACCACCUAGUCAAGAUAUCGUUCGAGCGCGGCGACAAAUUCCGAUUCGACGCGUUCCCGGGCCUCGCCGAGGGCCUCGUCGACAAGGCGCUCGAGGUGGGCAACCUCCACUACCACGUCGACUGGAAGGUCGUGUGGGACGCGUCGGCCGACACGGGUGACAUUGGCUGCCUCGACGGCAACAACGGCACGCCCGACAUCCUGGAGCGGAUCGCGAGCCUCGUCGAGCGGGACGUGCCCGAGGCGCUGCAGACGGCCGAGUACUCGGACAGGCUCGUACUCGUCACCGAGGCGGUACUGACGAUGCGCAACAUGGUGACGCUGCCCGAGAACGCGCACAACAUGUCCGACUUUUACCCGCUCAAGGACCUCGUGUGCAUCAUCCUGCAGCUGCCGCCGAGGGACCUGCUCGCCGAGCUCAAGCACAUGGCCCUGGACAUUGCCGAGCAGCUGACGCCCUUUGUCGUGCUCGACGGCGCUGACCCGCUCUACCGCUCAUUGCUGGCGCAGCUGGCGUCGGACGACCGCGGGACCAUCCUGACGGCACUGCGGGCGCUGGGCCGCAUCUCGGUCAACCUCGAGGCGACCAACAAGCUGCCGGACGUGACGCCGAACGUGCUGCGGCGCAUCGCCAGCUGGCUGCUGCUCAACGACGACGAGCUCAUCGACGCGUGCCUCGACUUCCUGUACCAGUACACGGCCGUGGCGCCAAACGUGGACAAGCUCAUCCGCACGACGGCGCCCGAGAACCUCGUGGACCAUCUGGUGCGCCUCCUGUCGCACGGGGCGCGCAAGGUGCAGCGCGAGUUCAUCCUGCACCCGGAGCAGAAGCUGCCGUCGCGCGACGAGAUCGCGCCCGUGCCCGAGGACCUGCUGCAGGAGAUGGUACGGCUGGACGAGCCGGAUCGUGUGCACCGCUGGGUCAGGUGUUUCUUCGAGGAGGACAACGACUCGUUCGUGACGCAGCUCGCAGCGUGGCAGGCGUACCAGUCGGCGUUUGUCGGGCCCCUCAAGGCGGCGGGCAAGCCCAUGAUCACGCCGGCCGACUUUAUCCGCAACAGCACGUCGGUGUAUAAGAAUUCGAACGCGCAGGUGCUGCGGGAGCCCGGCGAGGCGCAGCAGAAGUUCAUCAUUCACGGCAUCCGCGCGCGGCCGCGGCCCCUGAGCGCCGACGGCGCCGAGUACGCGCGCUGCUACUGGGCGAUGAACCCGGACAGGAAGAACGAAAAGUGCGGGCAGUUCUUCCUCAAGCCUGAGCAGAUGUGGAAUCAUAUCUUGACGGCCCAUCUCGGCGAGCAGCGGAACGAGGCCGGCCAGUUUGACAACUCGGAAAAGGACUUCAAGUGUACGUGGGGCGAGUGCGCCAAGUACGGCCGGCCGACCAAGCUGCACCUGCAGGACUUUGCGCGGCACAUCAACACGCACAUUCUGUCGGUGCUGCCGGGCCCGACGCGCGGGGGCUCGGCGCGGCCGGCGUGGGUGAUACCCGCCAAGACGAUGGCGGUGACAUACGAGGAGACGGCGACGACGCGCGACGAGCGCAACCCCAACGCGCCCCUGCAGGCGGCGGGCAUCCCGCUCAGCGCGGUGCUGGUGCUGCGCAACAUUGCGCGCAACGUGGUUAAGACGGACGCCGAGGAGGAGCUCGUCAAGACGCAGAAGCGCGGCGGCGAGCGCGGCGGGUGGAACGAGAAGCUGUUCCGGCCCGCGCAGCCGCGGCUGUUUGAGAUAUUGGCCGAGAACAGGGCACUGAGCCCCUAUAUCGCCUCGCUCCUGGACCUGAUUCGGGUCGAGGCCGAUGUCGACGAGGACGACGACUGACGCGGGGGACGGGGGCGUUUGAGUCUUUGGGGCCGGUCAUCGCUUUGGUGCACCGCUUGGGUGGGCGCUUCUGUGCAGGCGUUUGGAGAGCUCUGCUCGAGCUAGGGAGUCGACGGGAUUUACAACGUUACAACGUACGAAAGAACUUGGCAGCACGAUUCAGAAGCGAAUGUCCUGCUCGGCAGCUAUACGUCCUCGGCCGUGCCCGUGUGCUCGUGUUUCCCGCGUAGAGAAACAUAGGGGGAGAGAGGGAGACGGCGCUCCCCUGGUUGUAGCUGGCCUUGCACGACAUGGUUUGGUAUAGUAUGCAAGGUUGCUUUGCUUGCGCUGCCUCGCCGGCGAGUCGGGGACACGCCCUGGAACGAAGCCUGCCCUGCCAUGCCAUGCCCUGCACGUCGCACGGAGCACAACAUGCGUGACCGCCGGCCUGCCUGCCGUGCGUGUGUGCAUGCGUGUGUGCGUGUGUGCGUGUGUUUUCGGGAGCUGUGGCCUUGCAAUGUCAUGCUGCCGGCGUCACCGGCGGCUCGAGCGAGCUCGUGUCCUCUGUGACAUUACCUAC